GUUUGAUCCUGAGCUCAGAUUACUGUUUGAGUGGAGUUUUGCAUAUUCACCCCAUCUGGUUUCCCAUGCUCCCAAGGUCUAACUACAGGAAGGUGCUAGAUUGGUGUGAGUGACCAUGAGAAUGAUUCUCUGAAAUGUACUGGCAUUACACUUGGGUGAAUUCCAAUGCCCUGAAAUUAUUACCAAUGAUGUACGUUCACAAGUGACGUUCCUUAUUCGUGACUGGACUAGUUCCGUAUUUUGCCCACAGUUCAAGUUCAGCACAAAGCGAGUUUCACAUUUAGUUUGAUGUCAUUGUUGGAAAUUGGUCACCCAUUCAUAAUACUAUGACUGUCUUUUGUACAGCUGAAGGAAUACUCCCCUUCAUUUUCUUCAUCUUUAUACAACAUGGAAAUGCAGAGGAGUGCACUAAGGAUAUUUAUGAUCGACACUAUUCAUGUGAAGGAAGGAAUCUCACCUACAUACCUACCAGUAUUCCUUCCUCUGUUGAGAAGCUGGAUUUCAGUUUUAACUUGUUGCCUUAUUUACAAAAGCAGCUGUUUCCUCCACUGUAUGAUUUGCAGGUCCUGGACCUCACAAGAUGCCAAAUCCAGUCCAUUGCUGAUGAUGCUUUCCACAAUGUGAACAAUGUGACUACUCUGAUUCUUACUGGAAAUCCCAUUUCAUAUACAGCACCUAACGGCUUGAACUCCUUACACAAAUUAAAGAGACUGGUUCUCGUGGACACAGGCCUGUUCUCUUUAAAUGUCCAGUUGAACAAUCUCACCAAGCUUCAGGAUUUAAAUGUCGGAAGUAACGUAAUUCAAUCAAUUGCCCUUCCGCGAUUCAUGAUCAACUUUAAGGACUUCUGCGUACUGGACCUGCAUGUAAAUAAAAUAUCAAGCUUAAAAGUAAGUCACACAACUGUACUGCGAGAGAUGAGGGGAAAUAUCACGCUAAUACUCUCCAGCAACCCCAUUAUGCAUAUUGAACCAGGAGCAUUUAAGGACAUUUACCUGAAAGAGCUUAACAUACAGAGUACAUUUGUUUCACCUGAUACAAUAAGGGAUGGUCUAACAGCUCUCAGCGGUCUUAAUGUUGGAAAAAUUCUUAUAGGAAACUACCUAGUAGACAAGAGGAUAAAGAUAUCAGAUGCAGACUAUCUGGGUGGACUUUGUUUGAUCAAUUUUAAAGAAAUAUAUUUUCUUCAAAAAGAAUUUUCAGAUUCUGAAAUUAAUGUGUACCAUUGCAUGGUCAAUGCAACAAAAAUCACUCUGAAGCAAGGCAGUACUGGAGCCAUGCAUGGCUCAUUUCAUCAGCUUAAAGAACUUCAUAUACAUUUCAGUCAAUCGCCCAUCAUACUGGAACUUUCACAUCUACACAUGUUAGAAAAACUGGUGGUGGAUAACAGUAAACCAUUAUAUCUUCACGGUAUGAAUGACUUGCCCAAACUUCAGCAUGUGGAUCUAAGUGAAAACAAAUUGCAUUUGUCUGACUGUUGUUCAACGUUUUUCAGAGGGAUGCCAAACAUUCAUACUCUUAACCUGAGCUUUAAUUCGAUAAUAUACUUCAGCAAAAAUCCAUUCUCUGGACUUGACUCCUUGGAAAUUUUGGAUGUUCAUUUCACAAAAUUAAGGUCAAUAAAUGCACAAUUUAAAUUUUUUAAAAGUCUUAAUCGUUUACAAUAUCUCGAUAUAUCAUACUCAGACAGUACAUUUUUGCAGACCAUGGCCUUUAGAUAUCUAAGUAGCUUAAAAGUACUGAAGAUGGCUGGGAACAAUUUCCAAGGAGAUGCACUAAGUUAUAUAUUUAAAAAUGUCACAACUUUAGAAUUUCUUGACUUGUCAAAUUGUGGAAUUCAGAACAUAGAGCGCAGAGCUUUUCAAAGUCUUUCAAAUCUACGGCAUUUGUUUCUAAGUCAAAACAAAUUGACACUUUUGGAUUUUGCAACUCUUCCAAAUCUAAAAAGCUUAACAUUAUUAGAUGUAGGAACAAAUAACAUUUUUAACAUCCCGCUUUAUGUUCUGCAAAACCUACCAAAAAAUCUCUCAAACCUUGUCCUGUUGUUUAAUCCAAUUGAAUGUUCCUGUUCACAGAUAGACUUUAUUAUAUGGAUUAGGAACAAUCAACAACUACUUCAACAAUCAGCUAACAUUUCGUGUAAAAUUUUGUCACAAGACUCAGGUCUUAGAGUUAUUGACUUUGACAUUGAAGGCUGUGUACACAUCAGAAGGCUGACAAUUGCGUUAUGUGUAUUUGCUGUCACUUUUCUUGUUUUCGUGUCUCUUUUGACCUACAAAUUUCAGUUUUAUCUGCGCUAUGGCUGUAUACUGCUAAGAGGUUAUAAGGCCUCCAGACAGCAGGAAUGGUCUUAUGAUGCCUUUGUUAUCUACUCCAACAAAGAUGAAUCAUGGGUAAUGGAUGAACUUGUGGAAAAUCUAGAAAAUGGGAAUCCACCCAUUCAUCUUUGUCUUCAUGUACGGGACUUUGAAGCUGGCAAAGCCAUUACCUCCAACAUUAUAGAUGAAGGCAUCAUGGGCAGUCGUAAAGUUAUCGUGGUUGUAUCUAAACACUUCAUCGAGAGCUCCUGGUGUCGUUUUGAAUUUGAGGUGGCGCAGUCCUGGCUAGUGAUGCAACGUAGUGCUAACAUCAUCAUCAUCAUUCUAGAAGAUGUGGAGGAGGAGAAGUCAAAGAAGGUAUUUGGACUUCAUAAGCAUCUGAAAAACAACACGUAUCUAAAGUGGAGUGGAAACCCAAUAAAUAACAUGACAUUCUGGAUUCGUCUUCGGAAAGCUGUGAUCGCGAGAAACUGAAUUUUUCCCCCAAAGUG